UUAUGAUCACAAAUGGCUGCUUGUUGAGGAAGUUUAUGACAUCAUGGGUUACAAUUGUGUAAUUAAUAGUUUGGUAGUUUGUUUUCUUGUUCUGUCUUUCAGAACUCAGCACUUCAGUUGGGCAUUUGAGUGUAGUCAUUAUAACAUAUCAUUACAACCUCUGUCAGGGGAAUGGAUUUCAAAAACAGAUGGCAAAUCUGAUAUAAAUGCAACCUACAAGAUAAACUUGUGCUCUGCCUUGGACCUCAAGGGAGACACUGGAUCGGGUUGUGUGUCUGGGACGUCAGUGUGCAUGAUAUUUGAUAAUGGCACUGCUGUGUCAGCCGGAAACUUUCUGUCAGAACGUGACGAAGUCCCUGGCGACCAUAAUGCUGAUAUAGGUGAAUCCUGGCUGGUUUUCUCAGGGGACAAGUGCACUGCUGCCUACAACUAUACCACACUGAUCAACGUAAAGUGUGGGCCAACAAGAGGCUCUCCAAAGUUUUUAGAACAUACCGGUUGCAUUACUUACUUUGAAUGGGAGACGAAUGUUUUGUGCAAGCGACCACAAGAUGUACGUCUUCCCACAGAAGUGAAGUGCUAUUUGUAUGACGGACGCAAGCGGUUUGAUUUGUCUCCCUUGGCUCUUAGCAAGGGAGGCUAUCUUGUAUCGUCUCAGCUAGAUACAGACCUCUACAUCAAUGUGUGCAGGGACAUUAACCCAGUGGGUCCAACAGCUAACUGUAAAAGUACCAACACAACUAAAAAUGGCUGGGGAUCAUGUCGCAUCCAGGGAGCGGGGAAAACCUCAGGCACACAGGUCAACCUGGGGUCACCGACAGAUGACCUCAAACGUGACAAGACUGGACGCCUUGUGCUGACGUAUCAGACUGAUCCUUCUGACCCCAAACCCCCUGGCUGCACCUCUCCACCCACUACCACCUUGGUGUUCAUCUGCCCGUCAAGGGGACAGAGUAAACACCCAGUGGUUAUCGAGGAUUUUGACUGUCAGUAUGUCAUUGAAUGGCAGACCGAGUAUGCGUGUGAGGAAAGUACCCUAAAAAACUCUUCCUGUGUACUCACCAACGCUGAGGCAGACUUCCACUUUGACCUACGACCUCUCACUAAUGCUAGCAAUUACAAGGUGUCAACCAAUGUAAACAAUGAUGCCUACAACUAUUUUAUCAACGUUUGCCAUGAGACUGGCAUUCCCUGUCCAAAUCAAGACCAAAACAGUAAGGUUCCGGCUUGCCAGCUGUCUGCAAAAAACCCAGACUUCGGAAAGCGACUUGGCAGCACUGAUCACAUGGAACUACGGUAUGUGGACAACGAACUGCGGCUGACAUAUAAAGGGGGAGAUGUAUGCAGUCACAACAACAUGAAGCGACAAACUGUGAUAAACUUCAAAUGCAACAUGACUGCAGGUGCCGGUUCCCCCACGUUUGACUAUGAGGACGAGUGUGUGUACAUGUUUGACUGGGCCACCAAGUACGCCUGUCUGGACCACCCAGUGGGGGAGGAGUGCAGGGUGGACCACGGAACUCAGAAGUUCGACUUCUCAAGUCUCGUCAAAACUUCAGGCAGCAACUGGGUUGCUUUGCAUGACAGUGACAGAACUGGGACCAAGGGUGACUUCUUCAUCAACCUGUGUCGUAGUGUCAUACAGGAGGGGGACGCCUCAAGGUGUGACCCAGGGGCCGCAGUAUGCUAUAAAGAAGGAUUUUCAACAAAGAACCUGGGUCGCUAUGAGCAAGAGCCCACAUACAACACUGCCACUAACACCACACAGAUUGUUUACAUUAAUGGUGACCCAUGUGGGGAUGGGUCCAAGAGGAGACAGUCCACUAUAACCUUCAUGUGCCAGCCAGGUUCAGAGCAGAGUGCACCUGUGUUGGUGGACAUGUCAACUGACCAGUGCAUAUACCAGUUUGAAUGGCGCACAGCUGCGGCCUGCGAGCUGGGACACUACAUAGGAGACAACUGCCGGGUGCAAGGAAAUGGUUUUACCAUCGACCUCUCCGCCCUGAAAAAGACAGAUAACACUUCCUACAAGGUGGAGGACAUAGAUACAGACCAUGACUAUCUGCUGAAUGUGUGUGGCCCACUGUUUACUCCCUGCGAUGAUAAGGUCCCCAAUGCUGGAGUGUGUCAGGUGCCUGUUAAGGGUAACGGAUUAAAAUACAACCUGGGUCAAUUCACGGCUACACUUAACUACUAUGAUGGCAUGAUAAACCUAACUUAUGUUGGUGGUUCACCGUACAACGAUCCAAGCAGCACCCCUAGAAAGUCUGAGAUUGCCUUUUUGUGCGAUCGUGAUGCAGGCGUGGGUACGCCAAAGUUCGUCACAGAGGCCGCGUCUAAUCACACAUACGUGUUUGAGUGGCGGACGUCAUAUGCAUGCCCAGGAAUUCCUAUGGAGUGUGUCAUCACGGAUUCAAACAGCGGGGCUGAAUAUGAUCUGUCCAGCCUGUCAAUGUCUGGUGACCAGGACAACUGGGCUGUGGGGGAUUUUUCUACAGGAAGUGGCACAAGCACCAAGUACUACCUGAACGUAUGUGGGCCCCUGACCCCCCUACAUGUGGGAACUGGUUGCUCCUCUCUAGCCAGUGUCUGCAGGACCAAGUUUGAAAAUGGAAAGGAAUUGGUAGAUUUGCCUGACCUUGGACAUGUCAAGUCUGGCCUAACAGUGGCAGACAACGGGCACUUGAGGCUGAGAUACGAGUCAGACAACAUCUGCACGAAUGGAACAUCCAACAUUCCUUACGUGACAAUCAUGGAGUUCAUUUGCCAGGCUAAUUCACUGUCCACAGGUCCCCAGACCCCUGUACAGACGGGCCCCUGUGAGUACCUGAUCACGUGGCUGACCUCUGCAGCCUGUCCCCUUGGAAACGAUUCCUCAAACGACACCUGUAUGGCUAAGGACCCUAACAGUGACUAUGUGUUUAAUUUGAACCCCUUGAAUGCGUCUGGUCCGUUUGAAGUCAAGGCUAAUGAUAAAACAUUCUUGCUCAGUAUCUGUGGUAACGUGCCAGAAGGGAGAUGUCCCAAGGGCUCACUGUCAUCUGUUGGCCUGUGCCAGACUGUGCCCUCCGUGCAGGCACUGGCUGAGUCCAGUAGCGACCUUGACUUCAGCUCUACUGGACAGAUGCUGCUGAAAUAUGACGGACUCAGACAGGAUAAUGGUCAGCGAGUAAAUGUUGAGAUAGAGUUUGUGUGUGAUGAGUCACAGGAUAUUGGCUAUGCAGAGUAUGUGGGUAUGGAGGAGGGGCUACAGUAUCGGUUCCGCUUCCUGACAUCCUUGGCGUGUACCCCACAUGGCACCGACUGCAUUGUGCAGGAUUCCUCCGGACUCCAGUAUGACCUGAGUUCCUUGUCCAGAGACACUUUCUGGACAGCUACAGACUCAAAGGACAAGAACACCCAGUAUUACAUCAACGUUUGUCGACCAAUCAACAAUGUUCCUCAUCCACAGUGUCCAGCUGGUCCAAUCGGAGGCUGCCAGUACGCCUCUAACAGCCAGUCGUACAACAUGGGAUAUAUCCACUCCAAGCCUGUUGCCAAUAAUGGCACAGUGAGCCUGCACUACCGCAACGGAGACGUCUGCCACAAGGGGGCCCCGAACGAGUCCCACAGGAGCACCACCAUCAACUUCCUGUGUGGCCAGUCUGAGUCUGGCCCCAAGUUUGUACAAGAGACAGACACCUGUGAGUAUGUGUUCAACUGGAUUACACCGGCGGCCUGCCCUCUACAGUCAAGGACUGGUUCCAACUGCAAAGUCAUUGAGCCGAGGUAUGGCUACCAGUUUGACCUGACAAGUCUAAUUAAGAAGGACGGUGACUAUCACGUGAAGUCUGGCGACUAUGACUACAUCGUGAAUGUUUGUGGGCCACUUGUUAAUCCUGCCGUUUGUGGCACGAAUGCAAGCGGCGUUGGUGCCUGUCAGACUAAACCAUCAUCCAAUCCACUGUUUGUGCCAGUAAAUGCAGGUCUUGGGAAUGCCAACAUAACAUACCAAGGAGGGGAGCUUACUCUAACAUACACAGAGGGCAAGGACAAUUGUCAUGGGAAAUACACACGGCAGACGAUCAUACGCUUCACCUGUGAUGAAAGCCAGGAUGGGUCCCAAGGUCCAGUAUUCAUUGAAGAAGCUUUCAACUGUAAAUACAUAUUUGAGUGGAAGACGCACCGCGCAUGCCCCCCGUGGUCAGAGGGAGCCUGCGCUAUCACCGGACCAGACGGCAAGAAUUACGAUCUCGGAAGUCUCACGUUAGAUGACGAUAAUUACGAGUCCACAGAUGGGAAUAUGAGAUUCAUCAUCAAUGUCUGCAGGUCUCUCAUACUUCAGAAAGACACCUACUGCCCCUAUGAUGCAGCUGCUUGCAUGGUGGAUCUCUCCAAGAACAACACUGAUACCACCAAAUACCUAAACAUUGGUGAACCCAAUAGCAACCAGAUCGCCUACGUCAAUGGUCAUGUUGCCCUCACGUAUACUAAUGGUGUGAAGUGUGGAACGGGUACUAUGACAACCAGAAUUCUCUUUAUGUGCGAUGAAAAGGCCAAGGACACCAGUCCCAGCGAGCAUUUCAAGAUUGGAGAUUGUGAGCACCACUUUACGUGGACCACGUCUGCUGCCUGCCCCCUGAAGGAUGCCACCACACCAGCACCUGUAUCCGUGGGCAACAUCACGUGUCUAGUGACUAACCCAAGAACUGGAUAUGUUUUCGACCUGUCACGACUCAAGUCCUUAACUACGGGUUGGAGUGUAAAGGAAGACAACGAACACCUGUAUGAGUUCAACGUGUGUGCACCACUUGUGAACAGUGCCUGUGGAACAGCAGACAAAAACAUGGGGGUCUGUCAGUCUCAAAUAUCAGGUACCAAUAAGUACAAUGCAGGAAAUGUGGUCUCAAACCUCUGGUACGAUGAUGGUGUGGUGAUUCAGUCGUUCAGCGGUGGAGCUCCAUGCCACAAUAACCAGUUUAACCGCAGCACUACGGUCAGCUUCAUAUGUAAUGAUCAUCAUGGCAUUGGUCGCCCCGUGUUUCAGAGCGAGACAGACGACUGCACGUACUAUAUCGCUUGGAUGACUGACCUCGUCUGUGAGAUAGAUGCAAAAUGCACCGUUGAUGUUGGAUCAAUGACCCUGGACCUGUCACCAUUGUCUCGUGUGACUGACAAGGUGGUUUCCUCUACGUACGAUAACUCCAGCUUCUACCUCAGCGUGUGCUCACCUUUGACCCCCGUUGCCGGGUUGCUGUGCCCCUCAGGUGCCGGGGUGUGCCAGGUGAUCCCUGGGAAUAACAACAUGCAGAUAAGCCUGGGUAAGCCAGGUGCCCACCCAAUCUGGGACAGCGUUACCAAGGCGAUCGUGCUGGUGUACGUGAAUGGCUCACAGUGUGACUCAAACCGGGCCAAGAAUUUCACCUCCAAGAUUAUCUUCAAGUGUGGUACUGAUGCAAGGAGCAGCCCGAUGUUCGUCUCAAAGGACGGCUGUGAGUUCACCUUUACCUGGGACGUGCCACAGGCCUGUCUCUCUGUUGUCACCCCUGCCCCACCCACCGUGAACGUAUGUGGGUACAAUGACCCAAUUACCGGACAAAACUAUAACUUCACUCAACUGAAGAAAUCCACUCCAUAUGAGGUAAAAGAUGACUCUACUGGGUCUGUGUACCUGGUCAACAUGUGUGGCAAUGUGACAGGGCCAGACAUACCGUUGAACUGUAGUAGCUCAAUGGUGUGUCGCAAAUCGGAUGCCGUCUCCUUUGGGACUCCCUCUCAGUAUAGCGCAUUGAAAGAAGGGGAAUCCAUCAAAUUCACUUACGGCCAGGGUGGAAUAUGCCAAGAAUCAAAGAAAGCUGAGAGUCACAUUCUGUUUCAAUGUGACCCUGGGAGUCUAGGAACCCCGGAGUUCUUGACAGGGUUUGGGUGUGAUAUUGAACUCCUGUGGCGCACGCCUAUUGCCUGCGCGUGGAUUGUUAACCCUUGCAGAGCAAUCAUUGAUGGACAUUUGUAUGACCUGUCCCUGCUUUCAAAGAGCACUGGUGCAUGGAGUGUUGUGGAUUCGAAGAAAAAUACCUACGUUUUCAAUGUCUGCUCUGCCCUCAAGGGAGGUAACCUUGGUGAUGGUUGCCAGCGUGGAGCCAUUGCAUGCCGCAAGUCCUCAUCGGGAGUUUUUGAGUCCCUCGGGAGCGCGAGCGCUACGAAAGACAUGUACAUUGAUGCAACAAGUGGAAAGCUGGUGUUGGAGUACGGUGAGGGAAGCCCAGCCUGCUCAAAGGGACGCAGUGACAAUACCCCUGCACGGACACGCAUUACCUUCACCUGUGGAAACACCCUUGGCUUUCCACAGUUUGUCGAAAAUGCUGCUAAUGAGGUGUCCUGCAUUUUUGAAUUCACCUGGGAAACCAGUCUGGCCUGCAAAGUAAAGAGGUCCAGUGUUGUCAUGACAACAGCGGGUAUAGUGACAGAUCCCCGUAGUGGAAGUGUGGUAAACCUCACAGCAAUAUUGAACACAAGUUACACGGUAACAGACAACUAUGAGUUAAAUCUUGGUGGCAACACGCCCCACUGUGUAAGUGGGGUGGUCUGCUUGAAGGCUGGGGACCAGAAGUACAGGCUGCUUGGGGAUGUCUCCAAGGCAACAUUCUACAUGGAAGAUGACAGAUUGGAGGCAGUAUACACUACUGAGGAACAGUGUACAGGCGAGCACAGCAAAGAGAAUGUGACCAGCAUUAUCCAGUUUGUUUGCAGUAAUAGUGAUCAAGCACCGCAGAUACUACAUAAUUCCUCAGAUUGUCUCUUUGUGUUUUCAUGGGAAACCAAGCAAGCGUGUGUUCAACUGAAUGUAAUCAUCCCAUCAGUGAGUAGUACAACAGUGCAACCCAGCAGCGGUGGGGGUACCGGUGACAACACUGGAGGGACCAAGGAUGCCAGCACUGCGCAGAAGUCUGGGGGAGGAGGCCUCUCCUCUAGUACAGUUGUUGGGGUUGUUGCCACAUUCCUCUCUGCAAUUAUCCUCUGUAUACUUUUGGUAGUCUUCCAUAAAAAGGAACGAAGAGAUGCAUGUUUUGCUCGCAUUCAAGACUUGUAUUCAAGAAGAGGAAGACGUGAAUACUCUCAGCUGAGAUAUCAAAGGUUACCUGCUGGUGAUAUGAACGAUAUAUUUGGCGAGGAAGAUGAAGUGAUAACAGUGGAGGACGCCUCGGGGGGACCUGCUAGCACCAGUCCUCUGAGGGAGGAUGAUUCCAUCGUUAACGUAACGUCAAAACCAGCCAGUUACCAUGAUGAUAGUGACGAAGAAUUGUUGGCAUAGUGAUUAGAAUGGUGGAAUCUCAUUGGAAUUUUUAAAACUUUUUUUACAUGCUUUUUUUGGUUUCUUCUUAUGGUUUGUUAUGUUAAAAAAGGCAUGUUAAUUCUAUAUUUAUGUUUAAUUUUGUUAAAUAUUAUUUGGUGAAGUUCUUUUAUAAUUUAAAGUUUGGUGUUUUGAAUCGCACUUAUUGUCUGCUCUGUUUUUAGGCACACAAAAAAGAUUGCAGUUGGUAAAAAUUGUAAAAGUAAAUUAUCCAGAAUAUUUCUUUCAAAUUGCUCUUUUUUUCUUUUCCAUGACUCAGAAAAUUAUGUUGUACCAAUAAAAAAAUCAGUAAUCUGUGAUAUAUUGUAGACUUUUUGUGUGUAUAAGGAUUUAUGUACAUGUAUGUACAUUUUGCAAAAACAAAAACCCCGCAUUGAUAAUAUCCCAACAGUUUCCAAUGACAAGAAGUUAACUUUUCACACCGUUUGAUUGUGAUAAUUAGACUUUAAAUACAGUUAAUUAUGUCCCUGUUAUGUUCUUUGUAUCAUGUUUUGUUGUCAUGUUUAUACUGCUUUUAAUACUGUAAAUGCCAACACUGCUGGUAUCUAUGAUGUCACAUAAUUGUGUUUUUACCAGAAGUUGGUAGGAAAAUGUCAUAACUAUGUUAGGUUUUGGAAUCAAUUCAGCAUUGCUAGGGUUAUUAAUAUGUAGUUGUUGCUUCAGUAUUUUUCUGUCCUAAAAAAUCAUGUUUAAACAUUUGGGGUUGUAUGCAUUUCAAUAUUUUCAUAUAGUGAUAUAUCACAGCACAAUGUGUAAGUGCAAUUAAUAUGUAACUUUUACCUCCUUGAGGUACAAGUCUAAGGCUGUAAGAAUAUUUCUGUAGAAAAAUGUUCUACCUUCCCGUAAGGGAAUUUUAUUUGCCCUCUGUAGAGAUUGGGAUAUGGUUUUAGGUUGUUAGAAAACAAGUCUUAAAUUUUUUUAAGGAAUGGAGGUACAUUUUAUUUAUUAUACUUCAUUGUGUGUCUGAUUGGUUAAGAAUGAUUUAAUAUGAUCAUGAUAUUGUUCAUAUUCAUGAUUCAAUUCUAGUGGGCAAUGAUUUUCCAUAUUUCCACUAUAUUAUAGUAUAAAUAUCUUAUUAUAGGGUAAAAUAUAGAUGGCCAAUAUUUACAUGGCACUGACAUUUGUGCAUGAAUAUAUUAAAAGACCAUUAUGACAAAUACAUUCGUUUUGGUACUGGAAAAUGUUUUAAUCAAUUGAGAAAGUAUCUCACUAAGUAUAAUGUUUAUUCAUCAUUGAACUUGUGCAAACAUGUGCGAACAAAACAUAAUGCAAAUACAGGAAAGAUUAGAGUUACAUGCCCCUAUUGAUUCAUACCAAAGCAUGUACAUGUACAUGUAUAUAGUGUGGACAUUUACAAUUGAACUGAAUUCCUGUCACUGCUACCUUCAAAUUGUAUGUUUAUCUCUUUUGUUGCUGUUAUUGUCUUUAUUGCAUAUGUCUUUGCUUGCUUACGUUAAAAGCUUAAUGCGUAAAUGUAUAUUUAGGUGAUAAUGUCUCCUUGAAUUGUUUUUUUAGUUCACCAAACACGGAGUGCUCCAGGUGAGUUAUUGUGGUCAGUCUAUGUCCAGCACUGUUGUGUGUGUCAUGCAGUAUCAACUUAAACCUUGUUACCACUCCAGUGGCCACAUUUUGUGCCCAAUUUUGAUGAAACUUUGUCAUAAUGUUUAUCUUGACAAUACCUAGUUCAAAUGCAAAUCUGGAUAAGGUGUGUCCAAAAACUACGUCAUUAGGUCAAAUAUUUUUUUUUAAAACUUAUCACUGCUCUAGAAGCAACAUUUAUGACUUACAUCUUGUUAAAACUAGUCAGAAUGUUUAUCUUGACAGUUUUAGGCUAAUUUUGAGGCGUGGUAAAGUAUUAUCUAAAACAAGGUCACCAGUUAAAUUCUAGAAAAACCUUAUAAACACUAAUUUAUGACCAAAUUAUGAUAACACUUAGUCUGAAUGUUUGUCUUGAUCUUAUUAAGGCCAAAUUUUAAGCUGGGUCAAAUGAAGUGAAAACCGAAGCCAUCAGGUCGAAUCUGUGAUGAGUGUUGUACUUUGAAUUCAGGUGAGCACUGUACAGCAAUCAUGGUCCUCUUGCUUUUUGUGCUUUUUGUGCUAUUCUGGGUCAUUGAACUAUUUUACAUCAUCAGUGAAUAGCAACUGCUCUAUUUUGAUGACAAAGUUUCAAAAUAGUGAGUUAAAUUACUAGAUAGAUUGCAUUGUGUAACUUAUCAAACUUCUAAAUGAUCUAUCAAUGAACAGUAUAUUGAUAAAUAAUUAAACUGCAUAACUGCGAAAGAACGUUUUAUUCCUGCAAUUGAUGUAUAAUACUCAUUAUGUUGUAAGCCAUAUACAAUGGCAUACGUUAGAUAUAGGAACCACAUAAAAGACAAUAUAAUAAAGAUUAGAAGUUGUUCAAAAUAAGUGUACCAGGUAUGAAGUGUUUGCUUUGAAUGUAAGCAUGACAGGACUGUACAUGAUUGUUGGUUGUAUUUGAUUGAAUGUGCGCGGGUCUUUCACUGAUCAAUUAUGCUAAAUGCAUCACACUUAUUUAAUUGCUAAUUAAUAAAUUUUGAAAUGUU